AUGAAUGUAGCAAUGGAAAAUAAUAUUAUACUGAAAACAGAUUCAUAUAAAGUAUCUCACCAUAAACAGUAUCCAAAAGACACAAAUCUUGUUUAUGCUUAUUUGGAAAGUCGUGGUGGUAUUUAUCCUGAACAAGUCUUUUUUGGUUUACAAUAUAUAUUAAAAAAGCAUUUACUCGGAAAAGUUGUGACACGAGAAUAUCUCGAUCAAGCAACAGAAUUUUGGAAAGAACAUUUUGGUUAUGAUAUUAUUGAUCGAGAGAUGUGGGAGCAUAUUAUUGAAAAACAUGAUGGACAUUUACCAAUUCGUAUCAAAGCUGUACCUGAAGGUACAGUCGUACCAACGGGAAAUAUUUUAAUGUCAAUCGAAAAUACUGAUCCAAAAUGUUCAUCAUUAACAACAUUUCUAGAAACAAUUUUACUACAAGUUUGGUAUCCAAUAACAAUUGCUACGAAUUCCAGAGAAAUUAAAAAGAUACUAUUAGGAUCAUUAAAACGAACAGGCAGUCCAAACUUAAUUAAAACACAAAUGCAUGAUUUUGGAUUUCGUGGUGUAUCAUCGUAUGAAACAUCAGCAGUUGGUGGAUGUGCACAUUUAACAUCAUUCUAUGGUACUGAUACAAUAUCUGGCUGUAUUUUAGCUCAGAAAUACUAUUUGGCUAAGAAAAUGCCUGCCUUUUCUAUUCCGGCAUCAGAACAUUCCACAAUGGUUAGUUGGACACGCGAAAAAGAAUCCGAAGCCUAUGAAAAUAUGCUAGAUAUGUAUCCAACAGGUGUAAUUGCAUGCGUAUCUGAUUCAUAUGAUAUUUACAAUGCAUGUGAACAUAUUUGGGGAGAACAAUUACAUGACAAGAUCUUACAACGAGAUGGAACAUUAGUCAUACGAUCUGAUUCCGGUGAUCCAAUAGAAGUUCUUCUAAGAAUAAUAAAUAUUCUCUAUGCUAAAUUCGGUGGACAUACGAAUGAAAAAGGUUUCAAAGUGCUCGAGAAACAUGUUCGAUUAAUUCAAGGUGAUGGUGUUAAUAUGAAUUCGAUUAAAAAUAUUGUUAAUUUAUUUGAAAAAAAUGGUUUCUCUACUGAUAAUAUUGUAUUUGGUAGUGGUGGUGCACUCUUACAAAAAUUCGAUCGUGAUACAAUGAAGUUUGCAAUGAAAUGUUCGUAUGUUGAAAUGGCCGGUGUGGGUGGUUUUGCAGUUGCUAAAGAUCCAAUCACUGAUAAAGGCAAACGUAAUAAACCCGGUCGACUUAAAUUAGUUAAACAAAAUGAUGGUAGUUAUCGAACAUUAAGUAGUUUAGAACAUCAUAGCGAAUAUGAAAUAGCCGAAGAUCAACUGGUAACCGUAUUUGAAAAUGGAAAACUUCUAUGCGAAUACUCAUUUGAUAGUAUCCGUGCCAAUUGUGAUAUUGAUAUUGAUCGCCUCGAUUCUAUGCAUAUUAUGUAG